GGUGGAUAUUUUAUUAAAUUAUUUACUAUAUACCUAUGUUAUAACUACGUGGAUAUUAGAUUGAAGUCUUACACUUAAAUCUAGACUCUGCAUAUAUCUUGCCACUUCUUUCAAAAUACAUCGUUUAAGCCGUUGCACUGCCGUCACAAUGGCUGGGAACCAGAGAAAUGCCAAUAUCAAUGGACCACAUGGUGCUCACAGACCUCAUGUCCCCAUUGUUCCCGUUGGUCCAGGCAGUCGCCCGGUCCAUCUACAACUCUCCCCCGUGCAGCCACUGUCAGGCCCCUCGCGAGCCGGGCUACCGGUGGAUAUGGCCAGGGGGCCAUCCGUAGAGAUAUCGGACGUUAGCCGUGAUCUCAAAACAACGAACGACAUGAGAGAGGAUCUCACAGAUUACGCCAUCUUCCGGUUCGAGAAAAUGACGACGCAAAACCAAUACGACGACGAAGGCAGUCCACAGAUACCUACGUGGGAUAGGGCGAUAAGAACUCGAGUUCCUGGCAUGUCACCCAGGGAAAUCGUUCGAGAAAUACAACAUCUAAAUAGGAAUACACGUAACUUGACCGAGAAGCUGAAGUCCUUGAGCCCCGUGCUACAGCGUCAGAUAGACAAGGCACAAGAACAUCUCGCUUUACAGAAUCCCGAUCCGAUUAACUACCACUGGGUUCUCGCCCAACUAGACCAUCAACUGAGAGAGAUCGCCCCUUACGUCGUAGUCGCUAGCGGAAGUCGUUCGACGCCCCGGAGACACCAUGGUUCGAACAGGAGACGAUCUCAAGGGCGAACUAGUAGGUAUGAGAGAAAAUCGUACGAGAGGAUCUCACUGCGAGCUUACUUCAAACGUAUGCCCAGACCGAACGUUGAUAUUGCCAUGCUCUGGGAAGCGAAGAACUCGCAGAAUAACCAGGUCGUCCGCCCACAUUCACAACCUCACCAGCACCCACACCAACAGUCACACCCCCAUCAGCAGCCGCAACUGCAGUUUAAUAACCCUAGCUUAGACCUGCGAGCACAGAGGCCGGGUGCUGUACCCUCGAGGACUGGCACGCCAUUUAGACCGGAUGCCGGUCGUGACCCGCCGCCUGUUGCACUACACUCGAAUAAAACCGGGAUGUUUAACGCAGCUAACCCCGUCAACAGCGCCACGGUUAGGGGUAGAGACAUAGGUAGAGAUAUAGGUAGAGGCAGAGUAAAGAAGUCGACUAGGGAUCGCAGUGACCGCGACGCUAUCGAGAGCGACUCGGAUUGCUCCAACGAUCUAUCAAUGGACCGAUCGGUUGAUAGUCAGACGACUCCUGACACAUCCGCGCCCGGAUCACCAUACAACGGUAUGAGUCAUGCCCGAGGUCGUGGCGGAGAUCGAAUACCGACUAGAAAUAAGAGCGUAAGGCACGAUAGCAAUAUUCACGAUCGGCGUUCCCCAAGGAGGCAGCAAUACUUCGACGCCGAGGCUAAGCCAAGAGCACAGCCUGAGAUCGCGCCAAGGCCUCCUCGCCCGCCUCUACCGCCGCCACAAAUGAUAGAUAUCGAUAAGAUCAAAGACGAAGCUUACUUAGCGGGUAUGCGUCAUGGGCGAGAGGGGGCGCGAAUUUUCCAGGAACGAGCAUAUCGCGAAAGCAAACGCACACAACCCAAACCACAUAUAAUCCUAGAGACUCGGUCACCAGCCCCUGCUUAUAGAAGGCGCACAUCUAGUUCCAACCCCGAAAGGUUUCGUCCUGGAAGAGGCCUUGACGAUGAGAUAGGUAGUUUCGAUCGAUUAUCGCUUGAUGAAGAAGACGGUUAUGGGUCCGCAAUCCGUCGCGUCGACGCUCGUCAACGAAGGGAAUUCGAAUAUCUCUUGCACCAAGGAUCGGUCUUGGAAGACGACCCUUUUGACCGUGAUAGACCGUCGUACUCAAGACAUGGUAGUACACGAUAUCGAAAGUCUUACGCGAUGGAUGGCUCCGAAAGCGAUCUUAGUCUGCCAGAAAGGGGCAAGAAAUGGUUCCGUAAUUGAGCCAUAUCUACCUACUUUUGCGUUGCUGCGAUUCCAUUUCUAGAAUAGGGACCUAGGUGUAAGGAAUGUAGCAAUCCAUAGUGUUCGAAAUAAGGUUCAGUGAUAAAUUGUCUAAGGUGAAAUGUUGAACUGGGACCUAUCUGUUAUUGUAUAAUGUUUGUACUACCCUAAAUAAUGUUUCGUUGAGUUAUAUACCAAAUGAUAUGUACCAACUAGGUACCUAC